AAAGGACGUGGCCUCAAGCUGUUCCAGGGAAAGUUUAGGCUGAACAUUGGGAGGAAUUUCUUCACGUAAAGGGUGAUUCGACAUUGAAACGGGAGGUGGUGCAGUCACUGUCCCUGGAGGUGACCGUAAAGGAAAGUCUGGAAGCGUCAGUCAGUGCCAUAGCCUGGGUGACAAGGCGGUGCUCAACCAUAAACUGGACUCGAAGAUCUCAGAGUGGUUUCCCAACCUCAUCGACCCGCAGGACUUCUCCCCUGACGAGCACUGCUCCCCACACCACCUUGCAGCUCCAUAGGGGACACGGCUCCCCCCGCGCUGGGUCGGCGGCCCUCAGGGCAGGACCCGGGAAAGCGAGAAGGAAGCGAACGCAGCACGCCCGGGAGGCGGAGGCGCGGGGCUGGGAAGUCCCCGCGGAGGAGGAGGCGGGGACGGCGGGGGAGGGCGGGCAGUCCGUCCGUCAGCUGAGCGGGGCCGCUGCCGCCAUGGGCGCGCCGUGAGGGAAAUUGAAAGUUUGCUCUUGGCAAACCUUGUAAACAGCUGCUUCAGAGAUGUCCAGCAAGUCGAAGGGCCGUCCUGCUGAAAAUGGAGAGCAUUCCAAGAGUAAAAUGGAAAAUGGAGUGGACAGCAUGGCAGCCCCAGCCCUUAACACCUACACCCCAGAAGAGAUGGUGCAGCAGAUGAAAGAACUAAUCACUGAGAACAACGAGUUAAAAGAGGCCAUGAAGUUGCACAACCAAGCUAUGAAGGACCGAUAUGAGGAACUUUCCACCUGGAGAGAAAAGCAGAAAGAAGAGCGAGAAUUUUAUGAGUUAAAGUUUAAGGAGGCAAAGCAGUGCUUGCAGGCCAAGUGCAUUGAAAAUGAACAGCUACAGCAGCAACUUCAGAGCUUAAAGGAAAGAGAAGAAGGAGCUGAAAUGGAGGGCUCCGUGGCUCCCGGGAAGGAAGUGAGGCAGCUGAAGUCCCAGGUGCAGCGGCUCCAGGCUGAGAAGGCAGAUCUGCUCGCCAUCAUUUCAGAGCUGCAGGUCAAACUGAACAUCUCAGCAGAGGAUUCCUUUGUGGAGAUUGGGAUGAACGAAGAGGAAAUAAAUAGAACUGCAAAUGAACAUCAAGAGAAUAGUGGUGAAAUGCCCAGUAAUGUUGCUGUCUACAUCAGGAGCAAAUCUGCAGAUGAAUCUAAGAAUUUGGAGUCUGAGGAGCUAACUGUGAGCCAGCUGCUCUGCUGCCUUAGAAAUGAAACUCAGAAGAGGGAAAAUCUUGAGAAGGAGCUGCAGGAUCACAGAGAGAGACUGUCAAAGCUGGAGCAGGAGACCAGAAACUGCCUGGAGAGUGGGACACAAACUGAACAGGAAGAGAGUUCAGAAGCUGUUGGCAGUGAAGUAGAAGCCCUGAAUCUGCAAGUUUGUGCUCUGUUUAAAGAGCUUCAGGAAGCCCAUGAGAAGUUAAAAGAAGCAGAAUUAAUUCAGAAGAAACUUCAAGAAAAGUGCCAGGUACUGGAAAGAAAAAGCUUGGCUGCUGCAUCAGAAUUGGAGGAGAAGCAGCAGCUAAUAUACACCAUCAAGAAGCUGGAACUUCAGGUGGAGAGCAUGCAGGCAGAAGUCAAGCUGGAACAAGCCAAGACACAUGAAGAAAAGGCAAGAUACAACAACCUCCAGGAUUCAUAUAGCAAAAUCCUUCCAGAACUCACUGAGGCAAUAAAAAAAAUUGAUGAAAUGAAACUAAAAGAGCUGGACAAAGUAGAUAAAGCUGUGGUGGAACAACUGGCAGCAAAGGUGGAGUUGGCAGAACAAGCCCUUGCUGCAAAGCAGCUCCAGAUAGAUGAAAUGAAGCAGAUAAUUGCUAAGCAAGAGGAGGACCUUGAAACAAUGUCCAUACUCCGUGCUCAGAUGGAGGUUUAUUGUUCUGAUUUCCAUGCUGAGAGGGCAGCAAGAGAGAAGAUCCAUGAGGAGAAGGAGCAGUUGGCUGUCCAGCUGGCAUACCUACUAAAAGAGCAGCAAAACUUUGAAGAUCUUGGCCGAACCUCUCUGGCAGAGAUGCAGAGUCGCCACGGAGCCAGGAUGCCGGAUCGGGAGCACUCACCUCACCUUGUCCAAAGAGGAACUAAUAGUCAAGAUUGGCCAGAGCAGCGGAAUAUUUCAAUUUAUUCAUGUCCUAAAUGUGAAGAAAUUCUACCUGAUUUGGACACACUGCAGAUUCACGUUAUGGACUGCAUUAAUUGAGUGAUGCCCUCCAAUUCUUUGUCUUCUGGAAUUUCACCUGCCAAACACUUGGGAGUUUUUUCCUUCUUGCUCAAAUAAUGCUCAGCUCUUGUCCUAUGAAGGAGGUUUUCAGGGGUUUGCUUUGCUAAUUCAAUGGGAAAAGGGUAAAACUCUUCCCAUGUCCUCUAGUCACUAAUCUUGUUGUAAUCUGCUUUAGUGAAGGAGUUUUCAUAGAUUUAACAACAUGGAUGUGCUACAGAACUUGCAGUGUGUCUGCUGCUAUGAAACCUUUCAGGAACAUUCCCUGAAGUGCUCUGCUCUAUGGCUACUCUGCAGAACAGGGCUGAAUCACUGAAGCUGGAGGAGAGAUGAGAUAUUUGCUGAUCAAAUAUAUAUAUAUAUAUAUAUAUAUAUACACAAAAUACAUGUGAGCCUGUAAAUACUUCAUCUCUUAUAUACUAUAUACCAGGAAAGUAAUAUAUGAAAAAAGCUGUUUGAGAAGCUUUCAGCAAAAUGGAAUAGUGCUGUAUUCAUCGAGAAUUUGAAGUGAACCCUGAUCUUUCUCCAGAUGGCCAUUUCAUUGCUGCCCUUGUGACCAUACUAAUCUGAUGUUAAAUUUUUGAUGGCUUAUGUAACUUCUUGCUUUAGCCAGAUGUGGGUAAGGUUUAAAACGGAUCAUCUAGUCUGAUAUAUGUAGCUCCUGCUUUACUCAAGUCACUUGGUUUUAUAGAACCGUUAAUUUUUAUGAUGUUGUCUUAAUUUUUCUUUAUUAUAAUACAAGCAUUUGAACUUGUACAGUAUUGUGGUAGAAAGCACUGAGAUGGAUGUAACCUAAUUUAAAAAGAGUAUAGUGGAUUUUCACAUAUCAAAAUAAAUCUAUUACAAUUAUAAAUUUA